AUGGCACUUUCAGCAACAAAAAUGCUUCUUUCAAAACCCACAUCCAUAGAAGAAAUCAGUGAAGACAUUCUUGCAGAAAUUCUUCACCGUAUGCCCUUCACUUCUUGUCUUCCGCUCCUUUUUUCUAACAAACGUUUCAUGCAUCUGAUUUCUCAAUCAGAGUUCCUAAAAUCAUGUCGAGCUUGUCUUCUAUUAUCGCCUCGUGAAUUUAAAAAUCAAAACCUAUUUAUCCUCUUUCAAUUUUGGCCGACUAGCCUCUUUGCAAAGAAAAUUCUUUUAUCCAUCGAUUCCAACAACAAGACUCAUUCACUGAAUGGAUGUAAUUUUCUUCCUCUUUCUUGGCCUCAAGAUCGUGAUCAAGUUGUGGUGAAAGCCACGCACCACGAUCUUCUGCUGUGUUGCACUCACAAUAAUUCUCACUUUAACUAUUUUGUAUGCAAUCCUUUUACAAAACAACAUGUUGUUUUGCCACCAUUACGAAGGAGUCAUUCACCUGAAUGUCCACGCAUAGGAUUCAUGUUUGACCAAUCUCGUUCAAGAUUUUGGGUCGUACAUGUUCCUCUGAUGUUAUUUAAAAUGAUUGACAGUUUUCAAAUAAACAUGUUUUCAUCGGAGACAGGUGAAUGGAGUGCUUGUAAUGUUCCUGUCCCGUAUAGUUACAGGGUUUCAAUGUUUAGAAAUUGGUACAGGAACAUUCUUGUCUACAAUGGAAAGUUCAUUUGGUGGAUAGAUUGGAUAGGCUUUCUUGAGUGUGAUCCCUCUAACGGGAGAGAAUUCAAGUGGGAAACAAAAAAAAUGAACAUUCGUUACAGUUUUCGUUAUGCAGAUGAGAAUUGUGAUAUAUACAAUGGGAUAAGCAAUGGGCGAGUGAAGAUAUGUCAAUUUUUAAAGAAAGAUUCGGUUUGUAAAGUUCGUGAACUCGAAGAUUAUGAGAGUGGAAUAUGGCGAAGCAGUGACUAUGAUGGCACAAGACUUGGUAUAAAAGAUAUGAACUUUCUGACUCUUCACCCUUUUUGCGAAUAUAUCAUGUACUUUUACUCGAAGGAUAGUAUUUUCGUGUGUGAUUUUAAAAAUGGCACACUACAGCGCAUCUACACUAUAGAGGGUGAACGUAUAGUCUUCAGUGGUCAAAAUGCUCUGUCUUUUGUUCUUCCUGAAUGGCCAACUCCACUUCCUUCCUUGAGUACAGCAAAGGUUUCAGAAACUCGAUCUGAUUGA